UUUUGAAGUGAAGAAGGUGGAGAAGAAGAAGCAAGACAUGGAUGAAUUCACUGCCAAAUUUGAUAGGCUUUCAGUGAGAAAUAGAGAACAAGGCAAUGUAGAAGAUGAUAAUUUAAAGGAUCAAGAGGAUUUUGUGAGGAUGUCUUUGGUUAAGAGAAAGAAGGAUUUUAGAUAUAUGGAAAGGAUUGAGGGAAGGCUUGUUAACAUUGCUGAAGGGCUUGAGUUGCAUACCGGAGUUUUCGAUGCUGUUGAGCAGAAGAAAAUUGUUGAUUUUGUUUAUCGUCUUCAAGCCAAAGGUCGAGCCGGAAUUCUCGGAGAACGCACUUAUUCUGAGCCAAGAAAAUGGAUGAGAGGCAAAGGUCGUGUGACAAUACAAUUCGGUUGCUGCUAUAAUUAUGCAACUGAUAAAGAUGGGAACCUUCCCGGCAUUGUUAGAAGUGUGGAAGCCGAUCCAAUGCCGCCUUUACUGAUAAGCAUGAUCAAAAGAAUGGUUUCUUGGAGAGUUCUCCCUCCUACAUGUGUACCGAAUAGUUGCAUCAUCAACCUAUACGAUAAGGACGAUUGCAUUCCACCGCACAUCGAUCACCAUGAUUUCCUUCGGCCCUUUUGCACCGUGUCCUUCCUCUCAGAGUGCAAUAUCUUGUUCGGUGCUAAUUUGAAGGUUCUCGGCCCAGGAGAGUUUUCCGGCUCUUUAGCUAUUCCUCUGCCUCUUGGGUCUGUGCUUAUAUUGAAAGGCAAUGGUGCCGAUAUUGCCAAACAUUGUGUUCCUGCUGUUCCUGCUAAAAGAAUCUCAAUCACAUUUCGGAAGAUGGAUGACAGAAAGCUUCCUUACCGAUACACACCCGAUCCAGAGCUGCGAAAUCUUCGACAACUCGCAUCUCCAUCAGUUAAACCUUCAGCACAACCUGCUCAUUCAUCACCUCAAGCAGUCAGUCCACAUUCUCAGAACUUGAUGCCUGAUGUUCGACUUACAACUACUCCAGCUUCUCAAGCCCGAAAAGCCGAAUUUCAAGCUCAAAAACCCGAAACUGCAAGCCAGAGUGUCAAGGAUUCAAUGAGCAGCAAUCCUUUCGGAGCUAAUGAUUUCCCUACAUUGAGCUCUACUUCAUCCAAGCCAAGCAAACGUUCAUGGAAGUGAAAAACUCAGUUGGCAUUUUGUCCUUGUUAAUUAGCAUAUUUAAUUAAGUCUCAUCAAAUUGUUCUUUCUAAUUAUAAGCAGAGAUGAAGUUAUAUCCAUUUGUCCCUCCUAUUGUUGUAUUAUAUGUAGGGUAAACUACCCAGAGAGUCCUUAAACUAUGGGGUUGUUCCAAUUUUG